AUGGCUACCUCCUAUCUGCUGCCUUGCUAUGUCGUCAUCACUGUGCUCGUGCUCUUCUUCUCCGUCGACGUUACGGAGGGGGCCAUCAGGGAGUACCAGUUCGAUGUGCAAAUGACGAAUGUGACGCGGCUGUGCAGCAGCAAGAGCAUCGUGACGGUGAACGGUCAGUUCCCGGCCCCGGGGCCGACGGUGUUCGCGAGGGAGGGCGACUUCGUCGUCAUCCGCGUCGUCAACCACGUCCCCUACAACAUGAGCAUCCACUGGCACGGCAUCCGGCAGCUGCGCACGGGGUGGGCGGACGGGCCGGCGUACAUCACGCAGUGCCCGAUCCAGACGGGGCAGAGCUACGUGUACAACUACACCAUCGUCGGGCAGCGCGGCACGCUGUGGUGGCACGCGCACAUCUCCUGGCUGCGCGCCACCGUCUACGGGCCCCUCGUCAUCCUGCCCAAGCUCGGCGUCCCCUACCCGUUCCCGGCGCCGUACAAGGAGGUCCCCGUCAUCUUCGGUGAGUGGUGGCUGUCGGACACGGAGGUGGUGAUCAAUCAGGCGCUUCAGGUCGGCGCUGGUCCGAAUGUCUCUGACGCCCACACCAUCAACGGCCUACCAGGACCGCUCUACAACUGCUCUGCCAAAGACACGUUCAAGCUGAAGGUGAAGCCAGGGAAGACGUACAUGCUCCGCCUCAUCAACGCCGCGCUCAACGACGAGCUCUUCUUCUCCAUCGCCAACCACUCGCUCACCGUCGUCGAGGUCGACGCCGUCUACGUCAAGCCCUUCACGGUCGACACCCUGUUCAUUGCCCCGGGCCAGACCACCAACGUGCUCCUCGCCGCCAAGCCGUUCUACCCCGGCGCCAACUACUACAUGUCCGCCAGGACCUACUCCACCGGCAGGCCGGCCACCUUCGACAACACCACCGUCGCCGGCAUCCUCGAGUACGAGUACCCCGACGCGCCCUCCUCCGCGGCGAGCUUCCACAAGGCCCUGCCGCUCUACAGGCCGGCGCUGCCGCAGCUGAACGACACCAGCUUCGUCGGCAACUUCACGGCCAAGCUCCGCAGCCUCGCCACGCCGCAGUACCCGGCGGCGGUGCCGCAGACGGUGGACAAGCGGUUCUUCUUCACGGUGGGGCUGGGCACGCACCCGUGCCCCGCCAACACCACGUGCCAGGGCCCCACCAACACGACGCAGUUCGCGGCGUCCGUCAACAACGUCUCCUUCGUGCUCCCCACCAAGGCGCUGCUGCACUCGCACUUCACCGGCCUGUCCAGCGGCGUCUACGAGUCGGACUUCCCCGUCGCGCCGCUCACGCCGUUCAACUACACGGGGACGCCGCCCAACAACACCAACGUGGCCAACGGGACCAAGCUCAUGGUCAUCCCGUACGGCACCAACGUGGAGCUGGUGAUGCAGGGCACCAGCAUCCUCGGCAUCGAGAGCCACCCGCUGCACCUGCACGGCUUCAACUUCUUCGUCGUCGGCCAAGGCUACGGCAACUACGACCCGGUCAACGACCCGGCUAAGUUCAACCUCGUCGACCCCGUCGAGCGCAACACCGUCGGCGUGCCGGCCGGCGGCUGGGUGGCCAUCCGCUUCCUUGCCGACAACCCCGGGGUGUGGUUCAUGCAUUGCCACUUGGAGGUGCACACAACGUGGGGCCUCAGGAUGGCAUGGUUGGUGCUCGACGGCAGCCUCCCGCACCAGAAGCUGCUCCCGCCGCCGUCCGAUAUUCCCAAAUGCUGA